AUGCCGGUGUUCUUCUUCAGCUUGUAUCGGAGUUCCAUGAGCAAUUAUGUAGAAGCAAAGAAGAUCUUGCUUCCGAGUAGCUCAGAGCAGUCCGGCAAUUCAGAGUUGGACUUCACUUGUCCGCCACUCACCAAGACCCGUCUGCCUCUCCUCUCCGCUGCCGGCGACACACCGGUGACCGCAGGUGCUAUAGUCAGCUUGCUACAGGGUCAUCUGCACACCUGCAGGGUCUGUGACAAUGUCUGGACCUUCGUCCUAACAGAUGCAACAUUCAAGAGCGCUGAGAUUCAAGAAACACUAAGCAAGAUGGAUCUCAACGCCAUGGUGGCUGCCUGCUAUGCCCUUCCAGUACUUGUCUCUGUGCUCACAGUCCGCUUCUUCUACGUGCUGUGGCACAGUGGCCAACCAGCAUCAAGGCCACGCACCACCGGAUUGCGUUGUCUCAUCGUCCUUGGCUCCGGGUGA